CUCGAGGCAGGCCGAGUCAGGCCGAAGCUCGAGAGUCGUCCAGGCGUUUUCGACACGAAGCAGUCCCUUGGAAACCACCCUGAAGCCCGUCAUCGCUUUACCUCUCCGUCGGCAUUUCACCCUUAAAAUCUACUCUAUUCUGCUUAAAAUCUCACUAAUUUAACAAGACAAAAUCUAGUCCCUGUUGAGAUCAAAAGUUGAGACCGCAUAGAAGAUUCGGCGAAGAAGAAAGCAGGAUUAAGAACUGUUGAGGCGAGGGACACAAGCAGAGACAUGGACAAUGUGCAAAUGAUCGGCACUAAAAUCACAGCGAUCAAGGAAUACUUAUAUAAUUUCGCACGAACGCAUUCGCCUACCAGACUAAUGAGCUCCGAAAACACGUAUUCGCUCUCUAAAGAGCAUUGCAACUUGAAGUACUCAGACAUUCUGCCGCACAAUGCAGAAGGUUACCCGGCCACUAGAGAGUUCUUGAUGAAGGUGGUGGACAUCUUGUUGGAUUUUGUCAAAUCAACGAAUGAUAGAAAUGCGAAGAUCCUUGAUUUUCACCAUCCUGCGGAUAUGAUGCGUCUACUCGAUUUAGAAAUUCCUGAUACCGGAUUAAGUCUUCAACAACUUCUAUUGGAUUGUUCCACAACCUUGAAGUAUCAAGUAAAAACCGGACAUCCACAUUUCUUCAAUCAACUAUCAUGCGGUCUCGAUUUAGUGUCUAUGGCUGGCGAGUGGCUGACUGCGACAGCAAACACGAAUAUGUUUACCUAUGAAAUCGCUCCCGUAUUUAUUCUGAUGGAACAUGUUGUUCUACAAAAAAUGCGCGAGCUUAUAGGCUGGAAUUGUGGUGAUUCCAUUCUCGCACCAGGGGGGUCUAUUAGCAAUCUUUACGCUUUUCUUGCGGCCAGACACAAGAUGUUUCCAUACUACAAAGAAAAAGGACUUUCAGCUAUCGGAGGACAGUUGGUUAUGUUCACAUCCGAUCAGUGCCAUUAUUCUGUGAAAUCAUGCGCGUCUGUUUGCGGCCUCGGUACGGAUAAUUGCGUGAUGGUGCCUAGUGAUGAGCGCGGUCGCAUCAUUCCAUCCAAAUUGGAGGAAUUGAUCCUGGAACGCAAAGCCAAAGGUCACAUACCAUUCUUCGUAAAUGCCACUGCAGGAACAACGGUUAUUGGUGCUUUCGAUCCAAUCAUGGAGAUCGCUGAUAUCUGUCAAAAAUAUAAUCUUUGGCUUCAUGUCGACGCGGCUUGGGGUGGUGGACUGCUUCUGUCGAGAAAGUACAGGCAUCCGAGAUUGACCGGCAUCGAACGAGCUGAUUCAGUAACAUGGAACCCUCAUAAACUUAUGGGAGCUUUGCUUCAAUGUUCCACUAUUCACUUUAAGGAAGACGGGCUACUGAUCAGCUGUAACCAAAUGUCCGCGGAAUACCUGUUUAUGACGGACAAGCUAUAUGACGUGAGGUUCGACACUGGUGAUAAGGUCAUUCAAUGCGGGCGUCACAAUGACAUUUUCAAGCUUUGGUUGCAAUGGCGCGCCAAGGGCACAGAGGGUUUCGAAAAACAUAUGGAUCGGCUGAUGGAACUGACGGAGUACAUGGUUAGGAGGAUUAAACAAAUGCCUGACAAGUAUUAUUUGAUUCUCGAACCUGAAUUGGUGAACGUAUGCUUUUGGUAUCUACCCACGCGCGUGCGGAAUAUGCCACAUACUGCGGAAAGGAUAAAAAUCUUGGGCGAAAUUUGCCCAAUCUUGAAGGGUCGCAUGAUGCAAGCUGGUACGCUGAUGGUUGGCUACCAGCCAGAUGAUCGACGGCCCAACUUCUUCAGGAAUAUCAUUUCCAGUGCCGCUGUAACAGAGGCCGAUAUCGAUUUUCUCCUGGCAGAGAUGGAUCGAUUGGGCCAUGACUUGUAAGAAAUCUGUCCACACAUAGGCAUUAAUUGUACGAUGUGCAGUAAUUAAUUGACUGGUACAUACAUCGUUGGCAAAACUGCAUACGUUACAUGAUUCGUCGGAGCGCAAUUUUCGCGACGCGUUUUAAAAAAUAAUAAUGAAUUAAUAAAUAAUAAUAAGAAUUUGAGAUUCAAGUCACAAAACCACCAGUAUGUAAAACGCAAUGAAAUAAGCGACUUAUGCAACAGAAAAAAA